AUGGCAGCUUUCAACCUCACCCCCUCUGACCCUUCAACAUUCAUCCUAAUGGGCAUCCCUGGCCUGGAAGCUGCCCAUAUCUGGAUUUCCAUCCCUUUCGCUACAUUCUACAUUGUUGGCCUGUUGGAAAAUGUUAUGCUUCUGUUUGUUGUAGGCAAAGAGCAGACCCUGCACAAGCCAAUGUACCUGCUACUCUGCAUGCUGGCACUCACAGAUAUCGCCACAUCUACCUCCGUCGUUCCAAAGGCACUGUGUAUAUUUUGGUUCAAUUUGAAAGGCAUUACUGUGGGUGGCUGCCUCACCCAGAUGUUCUUCCUUCACACAGUUGCUGUUAUAAACUCAACCGUCCUUGUGACAAUGGCCUUCGAUCGCUACAUUGCCAUAUGUAACCCUCUGAGAUAUGCCACCAUCCUCACCAAAGGACGAAUAGCUAAGCUAGGGUUUCUAGGUUUGAUCAAAGCUGUUCUCUUCAUUCUGCCUAUGCCCCUUCUCCUGAACACAUUGCCAUUCUGUUCCAACCGCGUUAUCCCCCACACGCACUGCGAACCUAUAGCUGUGGCAAAGAUAUCGUGUGGGGAUAUUACAGUCAACAGGAUGUAUGGCUUAGUGAUAGUGUUUGUAGUUGUUGGGUUAGACCUGAUGUUCAUUGCCCUGUCCUAUGGUCUAAUCAUCAGGGCCCUCCUCAGAAUAUCCUCCAAGAAAGCCUACCAGAAAGCCCUCAACACCUGCACAGCCCACAUCUGUGUGAUGAUUACGUAUUAUACUUCCAGCUUCUUCUCCCCUCUCAUGCACCGAUUCGGUCAGGGCAUCGCUCCCCAUGUUCACAUCCUAUUGGCUGACCUCUAUUUCCUCAUCCCCCCCAUGCUCAACCCUAUUAUUUAUGGGGUCAAAACCAAAGAGCUUCGUGACAAAGUGGGCAAAUACACCUGCAGAAUGUGA